AUGGCACAGAAUGCGCACCGGUCCAACGCCUUCGUGCAGAACUUCGACACAAACUUCCCCGUGCCCGCGCGCCUGCGACACACGCCGACCUCUCUCGUGGAGGCGGUGAACGACUUCCACUUCGCCAUGAUGAACGACGGGCCACGCAACGAGUUUUACUACGAGCUGCUGCGGCGCCACGUGACGCCAGAGACGGGGGUGCUGGAGAUCGGCGCGGGCUCCGGGCUGCUGUCGCUCAUGGCCGCGCAGCUCGGGGCGAAGUGGGUGGUGGCGGUUGAGGGCAGCCCGGAGAUGGCGAAGUUGGCGCGCGCCAACAUACGUGCGAACAAGAUGGAGCACAAAGUCACUGUGCUGCACAUGCUGAGCACGGAGCUGACGCUGCGGGACCUGCCGGAGAAGCCGGACGUGCUGGUGUCGGAGAUCUUCGGCACGCUGCUGCUGGGGGAGUCGGCGCUCGACUACAUUGUCGACGUGCGCGAGCGGCUGCUGAAGCCGACGACAAAAAUAAUCCCGCAGCACGGCACACAGUACGCGGUGCCGAUCGAGUGCGACACGCUGCGCGAUGUGUGCGCCGUGUCUGGGUGGAAGGGGCUGGACCUCACCAACAUGACGGCGCUGCAGGACACCGUCAGUGUCGUCUUCGCGAAGCAGUAUGGCUUCCGCAUGAGCAGCGUGCCUUUCCGCCGCCUCAGUGCGCCGGUGGAGGUCGUCUCCGUCGACUUCGCGACCACGCAGCGGCGCGACAUCGCGCGCAACCUCGACGUUGACGUGGUUGCGACGGAAAGCGGGACGGCUCACGCGAUGCUGUACUACUGGCUGGCGACAGAUGAGGGACUCACCAUGUCGACGGACCCCGCCGACACGCUCAACAACUUCCCGCGCGACAUGCAAUGGGGCCAGGCGCUGCAGUUGCUUGACGCCAGCAACGGCCCGCUGCCGACGCCAGUGACGUUCACCGCGGGGGAGACGUACCGAUUCGUCCGCCACCUCUCCGCUGACCGCGUGACGGUGAACAUGCAUUACUGCGGCUGCAAGGAGACAGCAGCAGCAGCAGCAGCAGGGACGGCGAAGUGA